CCCUUCUCAGCUCCACCACCAGCAGGCUGGAGUCUCCGGUAGCGCGGCGCGCAACACAACACACUGACAGCUGCGACUGACUCACUACCGAGAGGGGGAAAGAUGGAGCACAGAGACGCCGGCUUCAACAUUAUGCUGGCGACCGAUUCCUACAAGGUAACGCACUAUAAACAGUACCCCCCCAACACGAGUAAAGUGUACUCGUACUUCGAGUGCCGUGAGAAGAGGACGGAUCCCAGCAAAAGCAGAAAAGUCAAAUAUGACAAGACUGUCUUUUACGGCCUGCAGUACAUCCUCCACAAAUAUCUAAAAGGAAAGGUAGUGACUCCAGAGAAGAUUCAGGAGGCCAAGGAGGUGUACAGAGAACACUUCCAGGAUGACGUUUUCAACGAGAAGGGCUGGAAUUACAUCCUGGAGAAGUACGACGGACACCUGCCCAUCGAGAUCAAGGCGGUGCCGGAGGGGAGCGUCAUCCCGCGGGGAAACGUCCUGUUCACGGUGGAGAGCACAGACCCCGAAUGCUACUGGCUCACCAACUGGGUGGAGACGAUCCUGGUUCAGAUCUGGUACCCCAUCACUGUGGCCACAAACUCCAGAGAGCAGAAGAAGAUCCUUGCCAAGUACCUCCUGGAGACUUCUGGGAAUUUGGAGGGACUGGAGUACAAACUUCACGACUUUGGCUACAGGGGCGUGUCGUCACAAGAGACUGCAGGUAUCGGAGCUUCUGCACAUCUGGUCAACUUCAAGGGCACGGACACGGUCGCUGGCAUCGGCGUCAUUAAGAAGUACUACGGCACCAAGGACCCCGUGCCAGGCUUCUCAGUGCCUGCCGCAGAGCACAGCACCAUCACGGCGUGGGGGAAGGACCAUGAAAAAGACGCCUUCGAGCACAUCAUCAAGCAGUUCCCCAGCGUGCCGGUGUCCAUCGUCAGCGACAGCUACGACAUCUACAACGCCUGCGAGAAGAUCUGGGGAGAAGACCUGCGCAGCUUGAUAGAGACGCGCAACGCCGACGCGCCGCUGGUCGUCCGGCCAGACUCAGGAAACCCGCUGGAUACGGUUCUGAAGGUUUUGGAGAUCCUGGGGAAGAAGUUUCGACCUGGAAACUCCAAAGGCUUCAAGGUUCUUCCUCCGUAUAUCAGAGUCAUCCAGGGAGACGGAGUGGACAUCAACACGCUGCAGGAGAUCGUCGAGGGGAUGAAGGAGCACAAAUGGUCCAUUGAGAACAUUGCGUUCGGAUCCGGAGGGGCUCUGCUGCAGAAACUGACCCGGGAUCUGCUCAACUGCUCCUUCAAGUGCAGCUAUGUGGUGACUAACGGACUGGGGGUGAACGUCUUCAAGGAUCCGGUGGCCGACCCCAACAAGAGGUCGAAGAAAGGCCGCCUCUCCCUUCACCGAACGCAGAACGGCGAUUUUGUCACCCUGGAGGAGGGCAAAGGCGACCUGGAGGAGUACGGCGUGGACCUGCUGCACACCGUCUUCCAGAACGGGAAGAUCGUGAAGACGUACACGUUUGAUGAAGUCAGAGACAAUGCUAAGCUCAAGGAGAGCGAGCUGGAAGAGCUGCACUGAGUGCAGUCCGCCGAAAACCCCACGAUACCCAAACCCCACCCCCCCCCACCCCCACCCCCCGCCCCCUUUCUUUCAACCUUCCACCUUCUUGGCCUCCAGUAUCACUACAGAAGCGGAGGUAGAGUGCACUGCUAAUAGACCCACUCCCGACGCCCGAGAACCUCCGAGAUGUCCCCGAAAGUUCCCUUAAACCUCUUCGAUUUUCAGCCCCUUUUGAUUUUUUUUCUUUCUUCCUUUCCAAGAAAGCUAUUUGUCGGUUCUCCAGCGGAGUGGGGAAUGGAAACGGAGAGAGAUGCGUAGUUUACGGUGGUCUAAACCGCGCGUGUCGGCGGGGUCUCCUCGCGCCGGCAGAUUCAACGAUUGUAGGUUUUGCGAAAGAUCGAGACACAGACAACAUAAAGCUGCACCCACACCAGUGACCGUUCCCCAUGUAUACUGUACAGAACUGUUUAGAAAAAAAAAAAAUCUACAUGUCUGAAUCUACUUAGCUUUGUCUUUUUAUGUGAAGGAAGUAAAACGAUGAUCGUCGGUUGAAAGCGGUUCGCCAAUAGUGGUUAAAAUUAAAAAAAAAAAAUAAUAAUGAAGGAAUCAAGCUCCUAAUCAGCACCUCUUUACUCCCGGUGCGCCGCUGAUCAUGUACGAUACUCGCCGUGACGCCGCCCUCGGCGCUUUCACAAUCACGAAGGUCCAGUCCGCCAGUCAGGGAGCGGAACCGGCGAAUCGAAUCAGUCUAACGUCGGUGAUUUUAAAACACGAGUCCAAUCAAAUCCGCGAUUUUUCUCCUGAACGACUUCACUAUUAUCCAGUCCUGAUAUCAGAGAAGUUUGCCGCUUUUUCCUGAGUCCAACCGAGAGAUGUUAAAGACAGAGAAAAGCAGUAAAUGUCUUCACUGGAAUGAAGAUGAUGAAUUUAUGUGUGUGUGUUGAUGAAAAGCUGUGUGUGGCUGCUGGGCUGAAAUGUACGUCGAGAGCGUGUGUGUGAGUGUGUGUGUGUACAUUGACAUUUUACUUCCUUUAAAGGACUGUGUUGUAUUCCUUUAUGCAAAAUGUGCUUGUUGGGUGGGGGAGGAGGGGGUGGGGGGGGUGGGGGGGGAACACUCUUCCUUUUUACUUUACCAGCCUUCAUUUCUCUGAGGAGUCGCAGCCUUGUGACAGACGGGUGGCGAGUGUUUUGUCACGUUUUUCUUUUCUUUUUUUUUCCCCCCUCUAUUUUUGAGCAAACAGAGAAAGCAGCCAAGACGUAGAGAAGAGACGGCGGUUUUUAACAAUAACUCGGGAGGGGAGGGGGUGGGGGGGGGAACGUCGCCCUUAGUAUCACUGCCUUAACUCGAUGAGCGUGUCGGAGCGAGGGAUCGUCCUCAUCCUGCCUCCGUGAUGAAUCCUGGAAGCAUCGUUCAACCUGAAAUCGGCUCCAUUAGCGCUCUUCAGGCAAACGAACAACAGAAAUUCUAAAUCUGGAGAUGAAGCGUGACCCUCGCAGGCUCCCAUCCGUAACGUCGCCGACUCAGUUUCAGGCUGAAACCAUGUGGAAUCGUUUUUUUUCUUUUCCGUUCGCCACCCUCGCUGCUGAUCAGUUCGACAUCCUUCCUCACGCGGUCGUCACGAGAAAUUGUUACCAAGUUCUGCUCCUUUUUCUUUCUUUCCAGUUACGGGGUGCAUUUAGUAAAACUUUGAUUUUACUAUUUUGAUACUGUCUCGGUUCUUACCUCAGAGAAAUAUUAUUUUGUAUGACAAAGGAGAAAAAAAAAAAAAGAAACCAAUGCCAGAAAUAUUGCAGUAGAUAUCCUUAUUUACAAACGAUGCGGCCAUACU